AUACUAUUCCGAAGAGGGUUAAGGGAUAUCCCCUGGCCUGAACGCGCAAAUUAAACCGGAGGGCGAGCCCCUUGUCUCCCUCUCCUCCGCCCACCCCACCGGCGAUGGCACACGGCGGCGGCGAGGAAGAGGAGGAGCGGGUGCUGAGCCACGGCGACGUGGUGCUGCUCCGCUGCGACCUCACCAUCCUCCGUGGCCCCCACUUCCUCAACGACCGCAUCAUCGCCUUCUACCUCGCCCACCUCGCCGCCGACCACCACGACGACGACCUACUCCUGCUUCCCCCCUCCGUCCCCUACCUCCUCUCCAACCUCCCCGACCCCGCCUCCGUCGCCGCCGUCGCCGACCCCCUCCGCCUCGCCUCCCGCCGCCUCGUCCUCCUCCCCGUCAACGACAACCCCGACGUCUCCCACGCCGAGGGCGGCUCCCACUGGACCCUCCUCGUCCUCGACAACUCCAACGCCGUCUCCGGCCCCCGCUUCGUCCACCACGACAGCCUCCCACCCACCAACCUGCCCUCCGCGCGCCGCCUCGCCGCCGUGCUCCGCCCGCUGCUCCCCGCCUCCGCGAUCCCGCUCAUCGAGGGCCCCACGCCCAGGCAGACAAACGGCUACGACUGCGGCGUCUUCGUGCUAGCGGUGGCCAGGGCCAUCUGCAACUGGUGGCCCACCCGCGCCCGCCAUUCCAAUUCCGAUUCCGAUUGGUUGGAGGCCGUGAAGAGGGAGGUGAACGCCGACAGCGUCAAGGCCAUGAGGACCCAGCUGCUGCAGCUCAUCCAUACCCUCAUCCAAAACAACACCACCACCAACCAACAUUCCCCUUCAACUCAACUUCCUUCUCACCCUUCGAUUGCAUCUACCAGUCUGCCUGUCACAGCACAAGACUUUGGGACUUGGCUAGAAGACAGUGGAACACAUACAGCAUACGAUCAAAAGAAAGCAGAUACAGGAAAGGGGGCCUGUUGGGACAAUUUGACAGUGUCCCAGAGUGUCAGGAAGCCAAAUGUCAGUGCGAAGAACAGUUUGUCCUACGAUGGCUACAGCUGGAGGAAGUAUGGGCAGAAGCAAGUGAAAGGGAGCGAGUUCCCACGGAGCUACUACAAGUGCACUCACCCAACAUGCCCUGUCAAGAGAAAGGUGGAGAUGACACCAGAUGGCCGGAUUGCUGAAAUUGUAUACAACGGUGAGCACAACCACCCCAAACCUCAUCCUCCAAGAAAGCCAACAUUAUCAACAAGUGUGGAGACUCUGGUUGCCACUAAUGAUGCUGGAUUAGAAAACAAGUUAGAAGGAUGUGACCAAGCUAUUGGUUCUGAUGCUGUUGUUGAAGCAUUAAGAGGUGGCUGUCACUGCUUGGAUGGAUUUAGAAAUGGUAAUGAGAUCAGUGACUGCAAGAAAAGGUAUGCUUAUGCUGUAAUUUUCAUUCAGAACUUACUAAUGUUUUUUUGUGCCAAAAAUGUGCAAGUGGUUGCUUAAAAUAUCAAGUAGCAUAUUAUGAUAUUUACGUUACAGACCCACAGCCUCCUUGGAGGACACUCUUAGAUGAUUGCUGUGAAAUUGUCGUGUGCCUAGGCUUUUCCGUUUUGGAGUGAGAUUUCAUGAUGGUUCAUGUAAGAGAAUUCUGGCACAACCGCAUAAUAUAAUUAAUUUAGGGUCACAUUUGGUAGCUGAAUAUGUUCAGGAAAAGCAGUAAUGUUGAUAGCUGAAUAGGUAUUGAUUGGCAAUGAAUUCAUUCACUGUAAAGUUGACAAUCUAUGUCGUGAAAUUCAUGCACU